GCUGCUGGAGCCCAGUGUGGAGCUGCUCUGGGAGCCUAGGGCUUGAGCACUGCCUGUCCUCCUGGGGAUCUGCAUUUACAUCCAGAACACAGGAGGCUGGAGGCACCAGGCCGGGAUGAUGCAUCUCUUCAUGGUGUGUCUCUUUGGCCUCUGGGGCAUGGCUGCUCCUGUACACUAUGCCGUGGAAGACAUUUGCACUGCGAAGCCCCGCGACAUCCCAGUGAACCCCAUCUGCAUCUACCGCAACCCUGAGAAGAAGCCCCAGGAAAGCGAGGUGCUGGAGCCGGGGAAGAAGGGCAGGAUCCCAGAGUUCACCAACCCCCGUGUCUGGGAGCUGUCCAGAGCCAACUCGCGCUUCGCCGUCGUCUUCUACAAGCACCUGGCCGACUCCAAGGACAACGAGGAGAACAUCUUCCUGUCUCCCCUCAGCAUUUCCACAGCCUUCGCCAUGACCAAGCUCGGGGCGUGCGGUGACACCCUGCAGCAGCUCAUGGAGGUCUUCCAGUUUGACACUAUUUCAGAGAAGACGUCUGACCAGGUCCACUUCUUCUUUGCCAAGCUCAACUGCCGUCUUUACAAGAAAGCCAACAAGUCAUCAGAGCUAGUAUCAGCAAACCGUCUCUUUGGAGAGAAAUCCUUGGUCUUCAAUGAGACUUACCAGAACAUUAGUGAAAUAGUUUACGGAGCCAAACUCUGGCCGUUGAACUUCAAAGAGAAGCCAGAGCUUUCCAGGCAGAUCAUAAACGAGUGGGUAGCCAAUAAGACAGAGAGGCGCAUUACAGAAGUGAUCCCAGAAAAAGGUAUCGAUGAGCUCACUGUCUUGGUCCUGGUCAACACCAUUUAUUUUAAGGGGCACUGGAAGUCACAGUUCCCAGCUCCAAACACGAGACUGGAUUUAUUUCACAAAGCCAACGGUGAGACCUGCAAAGUCCCCAUCAUGUACCAGGAGUCCAGGUUCCGCCAUGCGUUCAUCCAGGAGGACAAAGUCCAGGUGCUGGAGCUGCCUUACAAAGGGGACGACAUCACCAUGGUGCUGGUUUUGCCCAAAGCUGGCACGCCGCUGGUGGAGGUGGAGCGGGACCUGACAUCGGACAAGCUGCAGGACUGGAUCAACUCUAUGAGGGAGGUCUCCCUUACUGUGUCCCUGCCACGCUUCCGCAUCGAGGACAGCUUCAGCGUCAAGGAGAAACUGAGAAAAAUGGGGCUGGAAGAUCUCUUCAGUCCAGAAAACGCCAAGCUGCCAGGUAUAGUUGCAGAGGGCCGUACAGACCUGUAUGUAUCUGAGGCUUUCCACAAAGCCUUCAUUGAGGUGAAUGAAGAAGGCAGUGAGGCGUCAGCAGCGACAUCUGUUCUUAUCUCUGGCCGUUCCUUCCCCAUGAACAGAAUUAUCUUUGAGGCCAACAGGCCCUUCUUGCUCUUCAUCCGGGAAGCCGCCCUCAACACCAUUAUAUUCAUGGGCAGAAUAUCUGAUCCUUGCUCCUAAAGGCUGUCCGAGCCUCACCUCUCCCCUCCCUGCCCCUGGGAAAGGGAUGGUAGGACACUGCCAUGCAACCCAGGUUGUGCUGGGGUGGCUGUAUUACUGUUUGGUGCCAGCUGCAGGGAGGGGCUGUCCUUCUCCCGCUCCAACCCUCGUUCAAAGGAAGCUGAUUUAUUUUUUUUCUUAAAUAAUGGCACUGGUAUUUUCAUGGCAGCCAUUCCAGUAUCACUGGCAUUCUUGCAUCCGACCCCUCCUCCCUCUCAGGCAUCAAACUGUAACUGAUCCUCCAGUACGUUAAGGCCUAUAGAUCUGUAUGGAAUAAACUCAUCUCUGAACGGA